AUGCGUACGUUCGGCGCCUAUGUCGUGUCAUUGUUCCACGUGUUCACAGUCACCAACACCGGCUCUUUUCUCAACCUGCAGGGCAUCAACGAUUGUUUUGAAAGAGUGGCCAUUGGAAAACGUUUGAAUAGUUCAGAUGUAACAAAAACAAUAUCUACCACAAAUAUGAAACAAUGCAGUAACGAAUGCGAACGAAUGUUGUGCAACACAUACAGUUAUGGAUUAAACGGAAAUGGAAAUGGUACUUGUUUACUUGGUUUAGAUCUGCCAAAAUCGGGACCGUACGAUGAUCCGGAGUACGAUCUUUUCAUGAAAAUAUUGCAAUGUAGAGAUAGAACAACGUGUUUCAUUAAACUCGUGGGAGGCCGCCGUCUUACCGAUAAAUACAUUCAAAGAACUCUACCAGCUGAUUCAAAGGGAGAUUGUGAAAUAUAUUGCGAAUACGAGAAAGAAUUUCGUUGCGAAGGAUUUAACUUCAGAUACGACAUGAAGUUGGACUCUUAUAGCAGUUGCCAACUGUCGUCCGUGUCUUCUGACAAGCUAGACCUGUCCCUGGACUUCCAAUCGGACGUGGAAUAUGAUUAUUUCGAGAAAAAUGUGAAUGCUUCACCUAGCUGUCGGUACACGGAGCUGGCCAAUCCGUACGGCCAGAGGCGCAAGUGGGGUGGUUCCGGAAACGAACAGGACCUAUGGCAAGACCUCAGUACCCAGUGGCAACAAGGCAACGAAGUGGCGUAUGGUGGUGGUGACAGAGUUUUCUAUGACCAGUUGAAACCAGGCGUGCAGGAACUUUUCAGUGGUGGUGGUGGAGGCGGCGGUGGCGGCGGCGUGUCUCUGGUCAGACCGAUCGACCAGUAUAACAACGACGUCCGGUUACUGUACAAUAACAUACAACCAACGUUGACAGCAACGACGGUGAACCGACUUCCGGCAUCGAUCAACGAGUGUUUCAUCAAAGCUAGAACGGGACACCAUUUGCAGCAAGAAAACAUUAUAAAAUCAACCAACGCUCCGUCUCUUUAUGGCUGUGAGACCAUGUGUGCUAAUGAACAGGCAUUCACUUGCAAUAUAUUCAGUUACAGAUAUAGUUUUACGUCCUCUAUGGACAAUUGUCAUUUGGGCGAUAAAAUGCUCAGACAAUUGGACAUUUUCCAAGAUUUAGUCCCGGACAGGGAUUGCGACGUCUUUGCACGAAAUGAACUCAGUCAGCCAGGAUGUCAACCUGCGAAAAAUUGGGACACCGAUUGUUUUGAAAGAAUUCGGAGUGGUUUGACCUUGGAAGUGUCGAUAGUGAAAUUUUCGGUGCAGACGGAGAAUUUGCACGAGUGUGAACUUAUCUGUCUUCACGUAAAACACUUCACUUGUCGGGUAUUCAGCUUCCGCCGUGGGCCGCCCGUCAUCGGUAAAUGGUCAGACAACUGUUACCUGACUGAUUACCCGGUACUCGACAUGGAUCCGGUUAAACACUUCGUUGAAGAUUCCGGUUGCGACGUUUACAAUCGUGGUAGCUACGGUCGUGGGUGUGAACUGGAUAAGGUUCUGCCGCAAUCUGGGUGGCCAUUGGUACCGGGACAGGAUCUGACGCCUACUGUGCUCACCACGUACCGGCCUCAGUACGGUGUGCCUCCUCCACUGACGCCGUCGUUAUAUGGACCAAAGUACGGUCCACCAUCGUCGCCACCACUACAAUUCUUCCCCAUAGUACCGUCUGAGUCACCAUCACCAACACCAUCGCCACCACCACCAACACCAUCACCACCUCAAUACUACCCCGUCGGUCCUCACUCAUCACCAUCACCACCACCACCACCGCAAUACUACCCCGUCGGUCCACAAUCAUCACCAUCACCACCGCCGCAGUACUUCCCACCACCUCAAUACUUCCCACCACCGUCGACUCUAUCACCGCCAUCCGGAUAUUACCCCGUCACUCCUACUGUCUUUAACACACCCACUAGACCUACGGGUUCUUACGUGCCAUCCAUGCCACCUACCACAUUCUUCCAGAUACCAGGAGAAUACACUCCUGUGUCGGUCAGGCCAACGAACAGGUUACCUGGAGUCCCGGGAGGUGUGUACAAUGAUUUGUUCAAUCCAUAUGGGCAGAACCCCACCCUAGUACCGACAAUCUACGGGACGGCAAAAAAGCUGUGUUACAUAAAUUUUGGAAAUACUGCCAGACUAUUGCCGUCAGCCAUAAAAAAGUCUAUGACCGUCGAAUCGGAAUACCAGUGCAAGAUGGAGUGCAAUAAGGCCAGGGAAAGCCAAUACUUUCGGUGUUCUACACUCAGCUACUUUGGAGGUUAUUGCGAGUUGAGUGACAUCGAGAUGAGAGAUUUGAAACCAAACCAACAUUUCAGUCUAGACCAACAAUUCUUAUUGUACACAUGGGAUUUUAGCGAAGUUCAUUGUUUCAGUUCACCCGUAGCCAAAUACCCUCCGAACAAUGGCUUCUCGGGUGGAUUGGAGUGGACAUGGAUGAGAUUCACUGUCAACGGACAACCAUGCAGACCUGGUUCGUACUGUACUGAAAACGUCAACAUGGGCAUAUGGUCUUGUCCGGUAGAUCAAGGCGAUUGGGAUUACUGUUGUCGGCCUGAUCAUAAAUGUGGUUAUUCCGAAGGGGUCAGUUAUCCAUGGUGUCACGUGGGAAAAUCCACAGAUCAGUGGCGACCGUGUAGCGAUAAGUAUUUCCCUUCAACGGACGGACCGCCACAAACUUGGCCGAUGACGUACAUCCAUCACACGGGUCCACCAGUCACCCAGAACCCUUCCAGCCCUCUACCACCCCAUGGUGACAACAGCAACAGCAACGACCACAACGGAAACAACAAUACCACGCAGACUGAGGUAAAACACGAACAGUCGCUGGUCGAUCAAUUUCUGUCAAUAUUCACGUCCUCAUCGACGGACGUCAGCAGCAGUGUGGUCUCGUCACCCGAACCUGUCGCCGAAGCCGCCACUGCCUCGUCAAAGACCGUCAAACCUGACCUCGACCUGCUACCCGGUUUCCGGGUGGUAGACGUCACCGACAAGCCCCAUUCGACUAGCAGACUGUACUCGUAUCACGGGACCAACUACAACAGCAAUCGUCUCCGGAACUAUUUUGCUAGGAAAAGACCAGUAGUGUACACUUAA